AUGGAAGAGGAGCGCGAGAAGCAAGUAAGAGAGGAGGUGCAGCGGAAAGAGAAGGAGAAACAUGGCGUGAUUUCAGAUAUGAAGCCACUUAACCGUGAGGCAUACGGCGGUGGAUUGUACGCUAACGAGAAGCAUUAUUCCGGCGAGGCCGCGGCGGAGGAAAAGCCACACUUGGGGAGGGCGAGCGACACCCAAAGCGCUGAUGGACCUGUUGAACCUAGCCCGCCACCCAAGCAUAAACCACCACCGUCCACGGGCGACCGAGACCUCGAUAUAACUGGCCAGACCUAUAUUCAGUAG